UAAUUUCCUAUCAGCCUAUUCAGACAACAUCACCAACAGCUUGGUCUGUGCGCGUGUGUGUGUAUGGGGGCAGAGCAGAGAGUGAGAGACAGAGAGGCAGCGCACGAGAGGCAGAGAGAGAGCAACACGGAGAGCGAGAGAGAGAGAGAGAGAGAGCAGGGAAGGGGGAGGCUCCAUAUUCUUUCACCUACACCCCGUCAAACCACAGGAAGGAGGGGCCAGACCCUAAGCUGCCAAUCAAAUCCGCUCGUGGCAGCCGGCAUUAUCUCAGCAACAAACUAUUGACAGAUUACAUGUCAAGGAGUUUAGUGCAUGAUUGAAGGAAGCCUUUUUUAUCUAGUUACUUUUCCGCUUUAUUUACCCCUCAACCAACCAACAUUCGAAUGACUUUCUUACAAAGUUGAGUAAUAUUAUGAAAGUUACAUGUCUGAGAGGAUUUAACUUCGACUUCCCUGAAUAUGCUGAAAGGAGUUUAUGCACUGAAACGACCUCAGGAAAAUCCAAGAUGGCCGCCAAAAGGAAAGGUGGCCUAAAACUCAAUGCUAUCUGUGCCAAGCUGAGCCGCCAGGUGGUGUUCGACAGCAGCUCCCAGAAUGCAGAGGGAGACCAGAGUGUAGCAGAAAACAGUGAGCGUGGCAGUUCCCUCUACGAUGACAAUGAGACCAACUUCCCCGAGAGCCUGAGCCUAAAUCAGAGCCUAGAGGAGGACCAGAAGAGACGCGAGGCCAUCGAGAAGUGGGUCAACGGCGAGUAUGGCGAUGAGCCACCAGCUCCUGAGGAUGAACAGGAGCAUGAACUCAAAGUCAGCAAUGAUGAAGACGGCCCCCCUGAAGGUGUCUACAUGGUACAUCCCAAAGGCUGCAGUGACGACGAAGAGGAGGCCGAGCCCACGGCAGGGUCUCAUGAUGGCAGUUUCCAUAAUGACAAAGAACCUGAAGACAAGCCUUCGAAAGAGGUUACCUACAUGCAGCCAAGCGAGGCCCAGAGUCGCCAAGCACCUUUCUCCUCUCCAGGAGAAGCAUCUGCCCUGCGAGACUAUGCAGCCAACACCAUGAAUGAAUUUUUGGGAAUGUUCGGUUAUGAUGACCAGCAGGUAAGGGAUGAGCUGACCAAGAAGAUCAGCUUUGAGAAACUCAAAGCCGCUACCUCAGACCCCUCAUCCCUCAGCAGCGAGGAGGCCUCACGACGCGCCCGCUUCUCCAAGUACGAAGAGUACAUACGAAAGCUGAAAGCCGGUGAGACCCUACCCUGGCCCAUGCAUGCUUCCCCACCCAAACCAGAUGACCUCAACUCAAAACUGGCUCAAGAUAAGAGUGCUACUAUGCUCCAGACCCCUGGAUGCCUCCCAGGGGCCGAGGCACAGAUCUACCCUUCAAGCCUGGACCACAAACAGCCAGGAGGACCUCAGCUGGGCACCUCUCAGCCAGCAAAUCCCUCUCACAUUCAGAACCUGGCGUCCCGAGCCUCAAAGUAUGACUUCUUUAUUCAGAAGCUGAAGAUGGGUGAGAGUCUACAGCAGCAGAACGGUAAUGCUUACAAACGACCCUCCAAGUACGACUUGGAGAAUGUCAAAUUCCUGCACCUCUUCAAGCCUGGUGAGGGCAACCCUGACAUGGGCGGUGCCAUCGCCUUUAAAACUGGCAAAGUGGGCCGUCCUUCGAAGUAUGACAUCAGAACAAUUCAGAAGCUGAUGCCAGGUACACCAGAGGCCUCACUGAUGCCCAACGUCCUCGCAACAGCACCCGGAAACCCAGGAGCUCCUGGAGUUCCAACUGUAGGUGCAGCUGGGGCCAGCAUCGCCCCAGGGCUCACAAUGGACCAGACAGGACACUUAAGCUUCAACGCCUCUGACUACCUGAAGUCCAGCUUUUCCAAGACUGACUCCAUCACCACAGGCACUGUGUCCUCUGUGAAGAAUGGCCUGCCACCAGAUAAACCCCCCAGCGACGACAUCAACCUCUACCAGAAAUAUAUUGCCAGGUUCUCUGGGAGUCAACACUGUGGACAUGUGCACUGUGCGUACCAGUACAGAGAGCAUUACCACUGCAUGGACCCUGAGUGUAACUACCAGGUGAGCAGGUUUACCAGUAAGCAAGAUGUUAUCAGGCACUACAACAUGCACAAGAAGAGGGACAACUCCCUGCAGCAUGGCUUCAUGCGCUUCAGCCCUCUGGAUGACUGCAGUGUCUACUACCAUGGCUGCCACCUCAAUGGAAAAAGCACCCAUUACCACUGCAUGCAGGUGGGCUGCAGCAAAGUGUACACCAGCACCUCAGAUGUCAUGACUCAUGAAAACUUCCAUAAAAAGAAUGCCCAGCUGAUCAACGAUGGCUUCCAGAGAUUUCGUGCCACUGAGGACUGCGGCACAGUCGGUUGUCAGUUCUACGGGCAGAAGACUACACACUUCCACUGCAGGCGUCCAGGCUGCACAUUCACUUUCAAGAACAAGUGUGACAUUGAGAAGCACAAGAGCUACCACAUCAAGGAUGAUGCCUACGCCAAAGAUGGCUUCAAGAAGUUCUAUAAGUAUGAGGAGUGCAAGUACGAAGGCUGCGUGUACAGCAAAGCAACCAACCACUUCCAUUGCAUCCGCUCCGGCUGCGGCUUUACCUUUACCUCCACUAGCCAGAUGACCUCCCACAAGCGCAAACACGAACGCCGUCACAUCCGCUCCUCCAGUGUUAUGGGCCUCUCCUCCGCCUACCUGGCACCAAAGGAUGAGCAAGAGGAGUCAAGCAACGAUGACCUGAUGGACUUCUCAGCCAUCAGCAGCAAGAACUCCAGCCUGAGUGCCUCGCCUACGACCCAGCAGUCCACCACUGUGCCACACCUUUUGGCCACACCCACCACCACAGUCUCCUCCUCCUCUACAUCUGGUUAUGCCCUCAAACCUGCACCCUCGCUGCCCAGUGCAGGCCAGCGUAUGUCCACCCUGCUGUCCCAGGCUCUGCCCAGCAACAUGCCUGUGGCCCUUGCUCUUUCCAACAGUGCCCUGGCCUCUUCCAACCCGUUCUUCUCCCUCAUGCCCAGGCUGCCUCUCCAACCACAUCUGCCAGCCGCUAGUCUGAUUUCAGCUGUAUCUUCUGGAACCCACUCCAUGCCAACUGAUUCACUGACCCAGGGGUGUUCCACACCGAUGUCAGAUGGAAUCAUGACAUCUACCCCGACCUCCUUCACCACCUCCUCCAUCAUGGAGAAGAUCUCGGCAAGCAAAGGUCUGAUCUCGCCCAUGAUGGCCAGACUGGCAGCUGCUGCUCUGAAGCCCUCCAAUAACCCAGACAUAGGGAAUGGGCAUCUGACUUCAUCCAGCCAGUUCAAUCUGGUUCAAGUGAAGCAGGAGCCUGUGGACAUCAACUCUGGGGCCUCCCAAGACUCAACGCAGGAACAUAGCCUGGACCUGAGCAAAAAAGACCACAGUAAUGAAUCAAACGGACACCCUGUACCAGGGAAUACAUCUCUUUUAUCCUCGCUUAUGAAUAAGAUGUCACAGGUGAACCCUGCCCUGUUCAACGCCAUGAACCUGAAGGCAGAGCUGGAGGUGAGCCAGGGCAGCAGCAACCCAGAAGCUGCACAGUAUCUGCACAGUGUACUGAAGAGGCCCAUGGCGGAAAAACACACUGAGAUCUGGAGAAAAUACCUCCGCAGGUUUGAUACUGAUGACUUCUGUGAGGCUCAGUGUGACUUCCUUCAGAAAGUACACUUUCACUGCCUGGUUGAGGACUGUGGCGCACUCUUCAGUACUGUGGAUGGGGCAAUAAAACAUGCCAACUUCCACCUCCGAGCCACCUUGAAAGUGAAGUCUGAGCCUCAGUUUGGUGAGGGAAAGGACUCCAGUGAUGGAGCCUCGCUGCAGCCUGCUGCUCCUGUCUCUAUUGCCAACAACCCCUCCAUGGAUGUUGCGCACCUCACCUCCUCUGGUGGCUACAGCUCUCCUCCUCCCUCCCUGCUGGCCUGGAAGCAGCUGACCGGCAGCAUCCCACAGAUGCCAGCCUCGAUGCCUAACCUGCCAGCUAACUCCCCUCUUGCUACCACUUCUCUGGAGAAUGCGAAGCCACAAGUCAAACCUGGUUUCCUGCAAUUCCAGGAAAAUGAUCCCUGUUUGGCUACUGACUGUAAGUACUCAAACAAGUUCCACUUCCACUGCUUGUUUGGGAAUUGCAAGUAUGUGUGCAAAACAUCUGGCAAGGCAGAGUCCCACUGUUUGGACCACAUCAACCCCAACAACAAUCUGGUCAAUGUCCGUGACCAGUUUUCCUACUACUCUCUCCAGUGUCUGUGUCCCAACCAGCACUGUGAGUUCAGAAUGAGGGGCCACUAUCACUGUCUGCGGCCAGGCUGCUACUUUGUCACUAACAUCACCACCAAGCUGCCGUGGCAUGUCAAGAAGCAUGAGAAAGCAGAGCGUCGCGCUGCCAAUGGCUUCAAAUAUUUCACCAAGAGGGAGGAAUGUGGGAGACUGGGUUGUAAAUAUAACCAAGUCAACAGCCACUUCCACUGCAUCCGUGAAGGUUGCCAGUUCUCCUUCCUGCUAAAGCACCAAAUGACCUCACAUGCUCGCAAACACAUGAGGCGGAUGCUGGGGAAGAACUUUGACAGAGUUCCAUCCCAGAUGAUGUCACACGGUCAGAGGGCAGAUGAGAUGCAGCAUGUAUCCGGCAUGAUGUCUGGACAUUUAGGAAACCAGUCUGGCAUCAACUCCGGCUUCUCCUCAUCCAUGAUGGAUGAAACUGACGAUUACAUGGACUACAUGGGAGGAGGUGGCAGCCCCCUGGGCCUCUCUUCUGAAUCCUCCAACCAGGACCGGAGCUGCACCAGCACCCCUGUAGGUCCUGAUGGUUCCCCAGCAGGACUAGGCUACCCUGCCACCUCUUCUGCUCCUACCACCCCUGCUGACACUAGCGCUUCCCAAAAUGCACUUCCUUCUUCCCCUCCUCCUCUACCGCCUCCUCCUCCUCACUCUGCUCCUCAGCCUGGCCUCCAGUCCCAGGCCACAUCCCUCUCUCCUGCUCUUCUCCGACCUCCUCUCUCCUCACUCCCAUACCUCCUCUCUCCAUCCUGUCUGUCAUACUCUCUGCUCAGCGCCUCUCUGGGAGCCACUCGGAGUGUUGUCAUGCCAACCAACACACCAGCUUUCAGCCCCAUCAUUGCCACUCCGUCUCCAGUUAAAAAUGACGUCCCUAUAGUACAGGAUGCUGCAGGCAACACCAUCUCCAUUCCCACUGCCACCGGUUCAAAGAAGCGCUUCUGGAUCAUCGAAGACAUGUCACCAUUCGGCAAACGCCGCAAGACCGCAUCUUCCCGUAAGAUGCUCGAUGAGGGCAUGAUGCUGGAGGGCUUCAGGCGCUAUGACCUCUACGAGAACUGCAAGGACCCAGGCUGCCAGUUUUCUCUGAAGGUGACCCAUUACCACUGCACCCGUGAAAACUGCGGCUACAAGUUCUGCGGCCGCACCCACAUGUACAAGCACGCGCAGCACCACGACCGUGUGGACAACCUAGUUCUGGAUGACUUCAAACGCUUCAAAUCGUCCCUCAGCUGCAACUUCUCCGACUGCCAGUUUUCAGGCAACAGCACCCACUUCCACUGCCUGCGCUGCGGCUUCCGCUGUACCGACAGCACCAAAGUGACGGCCCACCGCAAGCACCACGGCAAGCAAGAUGUGAUCAGCGCCGCGGGCUUCUGCCAGUUCAGCUCCAGUGUGGAUUGCACGGUUCCUGACUGCAAAUACAAGCUCAAGUGCUCCCACUUUCACUGCACCUUCCCAGAGUGUAAGCACACAGUGGUCGGCAUGUCCCAGAUGGACUCCCACAAGAGGAAGCAUGAAAAGCAGGAGCGCGGUGAACUGCCGUCUGUGUCACCAAAACAGGAAGUGUUGCACCACCUGGGUGGAGGUGUGUCAGCAAUCCCUCAGCAAGUCCCUAUGGGUCUCUCUACAUCCUCACCUGGAGGCAUUCAUGGGUUGUCACACACCAUCAACAGCAACACUCGCUCAAUGCUCUACCCAACAGGCGGAAUGGGGUCUGAGUACAACCACCCGUACCCGCCCUCCUCCAUCAGCCUGGACAGCUCCCUAAACCUGGGCACAGAUACCAGCAGCUCCCUGUUCUUCCUGAAGAACGCAGCCGGUCUGGGUCUCAGCGACUCUCUAGACCUCAGCAAGAAGAUACACCUGGAGACAGAGCGCGAUGGCCACAACCCUGGGAACCUGCUGGGUCUGUCAACAGCUCAGGACGACACCACGGGAACGUCCGGAGAGGCUGAAGAUGACCUGUCGCCAGAGGAGGAGGCGCACGCAGAGGAGGAGGAUGAAGAAGAUGAGGAGGAGGAGGCAGAGGAGGAGCAAAACUCUGACUCAAAUGAUGAUUCAAUGGCAGAGCCCGAUGGUGAAAAGAACAAUGGCGAGAGUUUUGAUGCUUCCGUUAACCACACUGAUUCUUCCCAACUGGAAAAGCAUGACGCUGACCCAUGAGAAAAAAACUAAGUGAGACUGUAGGAACUGAAGAGGAAGCCUAUGUUCUAUGAACAAACAAUGAAAGUGGCCUCAUUUAUCAUGUUUAGAGACUACAUAUGACAACAAAAAAACAACAGUGUGGAGAAAAUGAUGGCCUAAAAUGAUUUAUGAUGAUGUUUACAAGAUGACCAACAUUGUUAAUUCAAUUAUGCAUUAAAAAAAAAAAUAUGAACGGAGACACACAGAAUUAGGCUCUGUGUAACACACAGAGCAGCAAUGUAAAGCAUUUUACUACACAUCAGUCUUUUUGUGUGUGUGCAUGUUUGACUUAAUUUAUUUUUAUUUUUUUUCACUUUUUUGUGUGGAUAAAAAAAUUAGAAAAACAAAAACAAAUCUCUCUAUAUAACUAUAUAUGUAAGUGUAUGUGUGUGUGUGCGUGUGUGUGUGUGUGAAAGAUGAUAUACAAAAGGAAAUUGUUGGCACGGGCAACAUGAACUGCCCGAACUACGAAGAAAAAAGGGAUGGGAAUCACUAAAGGGGAAAAAAGGAUGUGAUGAAACAUUUGAUCUUUUUUUCUGUAUUAAUAUUAUUAUUAUUAUUAUUAUUAAACACUGAGGGAAAGGGAGGUUUCUUUUUGCUCAUUCCCGUCGCUCUCAGCUGUUUUCUUCGUUCUCAAUGACAUGUGGAAUUGACCAGUAAAUGUUUGGUCGGUCUCAGCUGCAGUCUCAACAGUUCUCUCUGACAUUCUGCUAGAAACGCUCACUAGCACCAAAACCAAGCUCAGCCCCUGUAAUUAAACCCCGGCCCCUGCGGAGGUAUCAAGUUUGUGUGUGGAUAGUGCACUUUUAUAUUAGCUGACCAUGAUGCUAGAUAACUCAUAAGCAUAUUUAAAAAAUAUUUUUGUUACCAUUUGUAUCUUUUCUUUACAAUUUUGUUUUGUUGUGUUGUUAGUCUGAAGCAUAUCGAUCUGUAAACUGGCUAGGUCGUGAUUAACGACCUGCGACGGCGGUUGUGAAUGGGGGUGGGGUGGGGGGGGGGUGGGGGGGGCGACUGACCAGAGGAAACAAUGAGUCACUCAGACGCAGCGAGGAGGAAGUGUGAUUUAAGUUUAAAAAUUUACAGACCAGUUUUCCAUUCAUGUGGUUGACAUCCUGUUGUAACGGUUUUUAUUUAAUAUUUAUGUGACCUUCCAAUGAGAAACUUUUAGGGUGUUCUUGCACUUUUUAGGUUCAUUUUUACCGUCUGAAAAAAUAUGAUAUAUAUCUUUUAACAGGGAAUUUGCUUUAAAGAUAUUGUUUUAGUUCACUUUUGCUUUAAUGCACAAAAAUAGAUGUUAGUGUGACAAAGAACUGUCGUUCUGUGAUUUAUUUAAAGAUUAUUUUGCUUCUGUGAUUUGACAGUUUGAAGAAAAAAGGAAAUGAGUGCGCCAUAAAAGUGGUGCUCUGUUAAGAAACACUAAUAUGAACUGUGAUUUUUGAUAAAAUUUAAAGAAGCUCAUGGCAAUGAUCUCUUACUGUAGAAGUCAAUUAUAAAUCUGUCAAAGACCCCCACUGAUUACAACUGAGCGAAUAUGUACGACCAACAAGUUGACACACUGAUCAUGAGUUCUCUCCUGAGCUUGGCAUUGGAAAUAAAUGAUCAUGAUAUAGGGAAUAAUAAUGUGUGUAGAUGAUAUUCCUCCAGAUAUUGUUCUGGGAAGAAAAAAAAAAGGUUGUACAGUAUUUUCCUCUGUAAAAAAUAACUAUAUAUGAACAAAAUGCUCUUUGAUGAACAGCUUCCUUUAAAAAGAAAAACCGUUAAAGGAGAAAUGAAUAAUAAAAAGUUAAGAAUUCAAAUAGUCUCAUUAUAGUUUGCUUGUGUGCUUGACCUUUUUUUUAUUAUCACAGGUUUUUGCAAAAGUUGUUCAUACUGUAGCAUUGGCAGAUUGCAGAUUUGUUUUCUUUUUACAAACUGUCUGAAGCUCAAACUAAAAUACACUGAUUUUAAUUCAUUCAUUGAUUUUUCUGAUUUAUUUAACAACUUGUUUGGUUCAAUGUUAUUUUUCCAUAUGUGUGCUUUCGUUUGACUUGUUCUCAUCAAUUAAAAUAUUGGGUUUAUAUUUACUUUGCUGUGGGCAUGCCUUGUUCACAGACUGAUCUGUCUCCUGGGACUCUGCUGCGUAGCAGAGGCGUUAUGACACUCCUUCUGUGUUCUCAUCAUCUGUUCAGAUAACUGGGCUGGGAGACGUUGUGCACUUGAAUACGGUCAAUGUGUGUACAUGUGUGUGAGUGUGUGUGUGAGGGUGUAUACAUAGCAGGAUUUGUAAAAAGUUGAAAAUAAAGAACCUAUAAUUAUUAUAACAACAAAUGCAGUGCUUGAUAGUGCUUCAGCCUUUGGACAUAUGUGAAGGGGAAAGGUGCUGCUGGACGACAGCACACAGCAGUGAUCUCUGUCUCUUUUUGUAUCUGUCACUGACACUACUGAAUUGUGUGUGUGUGUGUGUGUGAGAGUGUGUGUGUGUCUCCCUGAGAGAGACGGAUAGACCAUGGCUGUAAGAACACAGACCUGUGGCUCCGUCCCAGCUGCUCACAGCUCCGAUUCAUAUUUCAUGACCUUGUUCAUCUUUUCCCUAAUUUGUUCCACUGUAAAUUCAACUUAGAAAAUUUACUGUCAAAAAACAAACAAAACUAAAAAUCUGCAUUAGUGCAGGUAGGGGAAUCAACAAUAUUUGUUGUAGGGGUCAUCGUUGUUCAAGCUUGAUAUUCUGGUGCGAGGACCCUAUCGGAGCUUAGGACCAUUCGUGAGAUAGAGGACUGCUUCUGGCUCUCAGUGGCUUGUUCAGUGCUGGCAGGUCACAUUUUUAGUUCACUUUUUGUUUUUGCCUUGAGCCAUUUGCUGGGUUCUCCUCCCACACCCUCAUGUCACCCAGUGGCUGGUGUGCUGGUUCUGUUUGUCCCUUCAACUACAGCUGUUCCUGUCCUUCCUCCUUCUCUUCCUUGUGAUUUUUUUUUUUGUAAUAAAAAAAAAAGAAGAAGAAAAAAAAAACACGGGUAAAGGCAUCACCAUCUGUCAGCCAGCUGGCAUCCUGUAUAUAAUCUACCAGAAAAAAAAAGAAUAAACAUGAAAAUUAUAUUACACAAAAACCAGACGGAAACGACCUCCAAAUCCCGCAUAGGCUGCUGUUGAAAUGACAGAUCAUUUUACUGUUUUAAUUAACAGAGUAAAAAGGAUGGUUUUAAAAAGUUGUGGGGAGCUAAACUGAGAUGUAUUUCCACUGCUGGAGAAAUGUAAUAUGAAAGCCUCCCUGCUCACUGCAGCAAAGUGAAUAAACAGAGUAACAUUUUAGACUUUGUAAGAUAAAUUGCACUUUUGGACUAAAAGCCAUCUCCCGUUAGCGUUCAAUUUGGCGAGAUUCAUGAGACAUUUUUUAUGAAAAGCAGACAAAGAAGAAUUUUUUAAAAACUCUCUACUCUUGAAUUUGUUUCCCUCAGCACUGCUUCUCAGUCUUGUGCAAUUACUUAUUUCCACUUGGAUACAGUGCUGUUCAUCUUCAUUGUGCUUUAUGUUGUUUUUCUGUUUCUGCAUGUCUGAUGCAAAGAUUGAGCUUUUCACUCAGUGAAAUAAAAACCUACUGAACGAC